UUUAUUAUGUAGAGCUCUUAUCAAUGCGCCUAAGAUAAAGCUGUACCAGUAAGAUUUGCAACCUGCAAAAGGCAACAUUAUUUUUACACGCUCGAAUCUUAGCUAACAUGAGUGCUAAUAGGAAUUAUGCUAAUGAUAAUAGAGGUUUUCACGGCGAACCCGCGGAUCAGUUCAUUCCGUCCAGACCAAGAGAACGAAACUCUACCCAAGAUGGCUUUCAUGAAAGUGGAUGGCAUUCAGUCAGCUAUGAAUCCUUACAAAUGCAACCUAUGGGGCAACCAUCACCAAUGUACCAAGGAAAUGUCCAGUCUAUGAUGGCCCCUCCCUUAACAGCGCAUGUCCCGUACGAACAUCCGGGAAAUAAACUGCAAGCACCAGCAGACAAACGUUUAGUGAGAGAUUGUACAACACCGAUGCCGACUGAUCAUGAAAAUGACAGCCCACGGGUGCAGCCUUCAAUAGGAGGAAUUAUUUUCAAACGCAUCAUCUCUUCAUUAUUUAUCAUUCUUGAUAUUUGCCUUAACUGGAUGCAGUUUGGCUCAUGGGUCGGUCAUUUCGAAUUACCGGGCUGGUUAAGUUUUCUAGAAAUAGCAAAUAGUCUGAAGGGAAAAUCCCCAUUAAAGUCCCAAUGCGACGAGGGAUCCUUCGACCUUACAACGACCUUCGGCGUCUUUAUUGGCAUUGGAACCGCAUACGGCUUCGUUCGGAUAGUUAAUACGAUUGGAGAGACAAUUGUUGAAUACCAGAAACAAUAUCCUAGUGAAACUGAACCGCGGUGCAGAGGUUUCCAGAUUCUCCAUGGAUGGAUGGAGACCACUCUCGCCAUUCUCUGUGAUGACCUGCCACAGGUUAUUCUGUUGGUAAUCUUUAGUUGGCAGUGUCACAUCGAUUAUAUUUCCAUGGCGAAAGUCUUGAUUUGGUUGUUUAUUAAAAUGAUGAAAAAUUAUGUUCGCCUUGGUACAUGUAAGCACAUCUACAAGCCAUGCUGCGGCGAAUGUUGCGAGAACUGUUGCGAGAAUUGUUGUGUCUACCGCUACGACUUCAUCUGUUGUUGCCGAGUACUCUACCUUAGACCAUGCUGCUGCUGCUCCGACAAGAAAUCUAUCGAAUGCGUGUCAUACGAUAUCUGCCCCGAUUGCACGUGCAAAAGACAUGAAAGGUGUUUUGGUGAAAUCGACCGUGACCCGGAAUGGGCUUUGGUCUUGUAUGAGAAGUUGUCUUACCUGUAUUUCAUACUUAUGGUUGCAAUAGUUGUUUUUUCAAUACUAAAGGAAGUGGGCGUACUCGGGCAACAUCAAGGAUUUUCAAAAUUACAGACAAACAUCUAAUAUCCAGAGACAGAAAGAAACUUCAAACGCUCGGGCAUACUCAAGAAUAUUAUGUCAAUAAUCAUUAGUUUUAUUUGUGAUAAAAUAUCCGGAUGCACGAAAUCAAAACCCUCACAAUGUUUACAGUAAAAAGACGCGCUACUUUAAAUCUUAACAUAGUUCAAACUUAAAAAGUCGCGUCUGUACGCAUGUAGUCAUCAGUUUCUGUCGUGCUCUAAAAUAUAUAAAAGAGAAAAUAAGGUAACCUGCGGGGGUGGAUCCAGGAUUUUUUCCAGGUGGAGGUGGGGGUCCAGAUGGGGUAGGUGCGAGAGCGGGUAUCCUCCUACUGCUGCUGGGGGUACUGGGGCCUCCCACGGAAAAUGUUUGUUUCUCGGGGUCAGAAUUUCUAGCGUUUUAUAGUAAAAAAAACAAAAACAACAAAAAACAAGACUCUAAAUCCUAUCAAAAUGUAAUCAUCACUUCGAAAAUAAAACCACGAGGAGGUCUCCACUUUUAGAAGCUUUUAUUUAAUUCUUUUUAUUUAUUUUAUGUUAGAUAUAGGGCUUGGGGUGUACCGUUUUAGACGAGUUAAUUUAUCCUUGAAUUGAAUUUAUGAUACACAACAAGUUAUGUUUGGAUUGUCGGUGCCGCAGCACGUUAUAAUAUGAGUUGUGUACUGUUUGUUGAACUGUGAGAGUGGAGUGCAGCGAAUUCAUUUAUUCUUGAAUUGAUUUUACAAGUGUAUUAUACACAGCAAGUAUUUUUUGGGAUUCACGAUGCCCGCAGCCGCAGUACGUUGUAAUACGAUUGUUGUACAUACUGUUUGUUCAACUGUGAGAGUGCAGCUUUUAAAGUUUUCACCAUUAACUUUGAAAAUUUUAGGGUGUGGGUUGGGGGAGGGGAGGGUCCUGAAACUCUGACUACUCGUAUUAGGAAGAAACUUAAAUGUUUAGUGAUAUUGGACCUUACUUAGAGUUCUUUAUAAUACAACUCCGCUGUAACAAGUGCCGGGGGUAUGAUUGGAGAGGGUAUAUGUGUGGUAAAGGUGAAUGCAUGAGUAAUGUUGAACUGUUCAAUACAUCUAGUAAAUAGAGCCAGCUAUUAUUUCGCGUUGAUAGCAUGGGAGCGCGACAAAACAUCGACAGACAAUGCUUCCGAAAGAUCUUUCUUUAUAUAUAAAUUUUUCUAUCACGGGGAAGCCGUUUGGUUAACAAUAAAACUCGCACAUCAUGACAUUUGAAUGUCCGGUGAUGCGCUCUCUUUUUAAUACAUACUAAUAUUUAAGACAUAUGCUAGAUUUACGUAGAACCUCCCGUGAUUUUCAGUUUUGAAAAAGGUGAAAUCUACCACUUUGGUUCUCUGUAGAUUCACCGGUAUGUCACUACUAGGUCGCUUCUGAAUAAAUCAAGAAAAGACAUUAAAAUGGCAAAAACUACAAAGUAUUCUGCGCGAGCUCGUGUUUGUCCGGCUAUGCGUAUAAAAAGAUUUUAAGUCAAACGAUUCGUGAACAAAGACGAUGUAAUCAGGGAUCCCCGCUAAUAUUUCAGUAAACACGAUCAAAUGAAUUAACCACUAAUCAAAACUCCUUUUUUCAAAAAAAUCACGAAGACCGUAGAUUUCUAAUUCAACGUUGUUAACGUUUAUUGGCAAUCAGGCAAGUGUGAUAUUCUUCUGUUUUGUCAACCUGUAAAAUAGAUAAGUGUACGUGCCUAAAAUUCGAUUAUGCAGAUUAAAUGUUUAUUCAGGUGCAGCGUUUUAUGCAAAGGAAGUAAGAACUGUCUUGUGACUGUUGUAAAUUAGUUUGAAGGACGUAAAAACUUGUAUGAAUUGUUUUGUGACUGUUGUAAAUUAGUUUAAAAGAUGUAACAAUUUGUACAAUCUUAGGAGGGCCGGCGCAUUUUUAUACAAUCUUGCCAGACAUACUUAUGCUUUUGACAACACAGAAAAUGACGUUCUUCAGCUUUUCCCGGAAGUAAAGAAAAUGAAAGUACACAGGCUAAACUUGAAAAUGAAAGUCGCAUCUGCAUUUGUCUAUAGUCAGUGUUCACGCACAGGGGUCACCCCGUCUAAAUGUAUGCACAUGGACUUAUUCCAUGUUUUUUCUUUUUGCUAAUGGGGAGUCAAUUUUCAAAAUACCUUGGCUCUAACACGACAAGUCAGCUUUUCAUCUACGAAAAAAUAUUUGCACAAUCCUAAGAUCAAGGGUAUUUUGAGAUUUUCGGAACUUAGUCAAAUCGUUCAAAAGGUCCUUUUUGAUGUUGUCUAAAAGUGACAGUAUAUGCCUUGGAUGUCAAAUAUUUCCGUACGUGAAAGCUUCAUACCUAGACAUUUCAGAAAUACUUUCAAAAUAAAUUUCGUGUAAUAAAUGAUGAUUCUACGGAAGCGUGAAAGGGCAAUUAGACGCUUACAUGUUUUAAUGCGCUACGGCUAUGGAAAGGAUAAACUGUUUUGUGACUGUUGUAAUAAAAUUUGAAGAAAGUAACAACCUGUAUCGCAACUGUUUUGUGACUGCUGUAAUUUAGUUUUAAGGAAUUAACAACUCAUAUAGACUGUUAUGUGACUGUUGUGAUUUAGUUUGAAGGAAUUAACAACUUGUAUAAACUGAUAUGUGACUGCUGUAAUUUCGUUUGAAGGAAUUAACAACUUGUAUAAACUGAUAUGUGACUGCUGUAAUUUAGUUUUAAGGAAUUAACAACUCAUAUAGACUGUUAUGUGACUGCUGUAAUUUCGUUUGAAGGAAUUAACAGCUUGUAUAAACUGAUAUGUGACUGCUGUUAUUUCGUUUGAAGGAAUUAACAACUUGUAUAAACUGAUGUGUGACUGCUGUAAUUUCGUUUUAAGGAAUUAACAACUCAUAUAGACUGUUAUGUGACUGCUGUAAUUUCGUUUGAAGGAAUUAACAACUUGUAUAAACUGAUAUGUGACUGCUGUAAUUUAGUUUUAAGGAAUUAACAACUCAUAUAGACUGUUAUGUGACUGCUGUAAUUUCGUUUGAAGGAAUUAACAACUUGUAUAAACUGAUAUGUGACUGCUGUAAUUUAGUUUGAAGGAAUUAACAACUUGUAUCAACUAAUAUAUGUCUGCUGUAUUUUCGUUUGAAGGAAUUAACAACUUGUAUAAACUGAAAUGUGACUGUUGUAAUUUCGUUUGAAGGAAUUAACAACUUGUAUAAACUGUUCCGUGACUGUUGUAAUUUAGUUUGAAGGAUAUAACAACUUGUAUAAAUUGUUACAUGACUGUUUUCAUUUAGUUUGAAGGAAGUGAAAACUUGUAUAAACUGUUAUGUGACUGUUUUGCAGUGAAAACUUGUAUAAACUGUUAUGUGACUGUUUUCAUUUAGUUUGAAGGAAGUGAAAACUUGUAUAUAAUGUUUUGUGACUAUUGUAAUUUAGUUUGAAGGAAGUGAAAACUUGUAUAAACUGUUAUGUGACUGUGUUCAUUUAGUUUGAAGGAAGUAAAAACUUGACUGUAUAAACUGUUUUGUGACUGUUUUCGUUUAGUUUGAAGGAAGUGAAAACUUGUAUAUAAUGUUUUGUGACUGUUGUAAUUUAGUUUGAAGGAAGUGAAAACUUGCAUAAACUGUUUUGUGACUGUUUUCAUUUAGUUUGAAGGAAGUGAAAACUUGUAUAAACUGUUCUGUGACUUUUGAAAUUUAGUUUGAAGGAAGUGAAAACUUGUAUAAACUGUUUUUUGACUUUUGAAAUUUAGAUUGAAAUAGCUUGUGAAUGUUAUUUUUGAGGUUUCUUUGAAUUUUCAUUGAUACAAAGAAAGAACUUACACUUUAAUUCCUUUAAUGCAAAUGAUGUAUUGAUAGCUAAUUUGUUCAAAUCUAGAGUGUUGAUGUAAAGUAUAUUAAAUGCUUAAAAUUCG